CUUUUCAAACAUAAGACAUUCGGUGCGCGGUCGGUGCAGAGUGUACGCGUGGAAAUAGGCAGCGGUGCGGUCGCGCUGGAUAUCGAUCGCGGGAUGCGCGAGUGACUCAUUGUUGUGGUUGGUAGCGCCGUGCCGAGUCGUGUAGCGUCGCCAGCGUGGCGGCCCCACAGCGAGCAGCCGUCAAGCGCAUGGUGGGCGCCCCGCUCAAGAUGGAGCCCACUUUCUACGACGACCAGUCGUUCAUGCAGCGCCUGGGCGGCGACGUGAGCCAGCUGAAGCGCAGCAUGACGCUGGACUUGAACCCGCACCACGCCGUGGCCGUGCCGGCCGCCAAGCGCCCCAAGCUGGGGCCGGCGCUGACAGAGGCGUCGCUGCUGUCGUCGCCGGACCUCAAGAAGCUGAAGCUCGGCUCCCCGGACAUGAUGCGGUUCCUGCUGGGACAGCAGACGGGACAGACGCCGACGCCGACCACGCCCAUCAUGUUCCCGCGCACCGUCACGGAGGAGCAGGAGCUGUACGCGCGAGGCUUCGAGGACGCGCUGCACGAGAUGCACACGAGCGACUCGAGCCAGAUGAGCGCCUCCAGCAGCCUGCAGAACAUAGACGGCGGCACGUACACGACCCUGGAGCCGCACGGGGGCGUGCCCCUGGGCCAGGCUGCCUUCCCGCUGCUGGGCGCCUUCUCGCCGCCCGACUCCGUGGUCGUGAAGGACGAGCCGCAGACCGUGCCCAGCCUGGGGUCCACGCCGCCGCUGUCGCCCAUCAACAUGGAGUGCCAGGAGAAGAUCAAGCUGGAGAGGAAGCGGCAGCGGAACAGGAUCGCCGCGUCCAAGUGCCGGCGGCGCAAGCUGGAGAGGAUAUCGCGGCUGGAGGAGAAGGUGAAGUUGCUCAAGGGCGAGAACACCGAGUUGGGCAGCGUGGUGCACAAACUCAAGGACCAGGUGUGCCAACUGAAGGAGCAGGUCAUGGAACACGUGCAGAACGGCUGCGAGAUACCUAGCCUCAUCAUAUCCCCGCACUAUUGACUGGAAACAGCUUUCAUAAAAGACAGGUACACUUGUGUUAACUAUUAUUACCUCGUUUUUGAGCGUUUGCAAUUUUUUUUCUACCAGACACGUGAUCUUUAUUGAAUGGCUGUAGAUAGGUAUAAUUUUGUACGAGUUGAACUGGAGUGAAGUGGGUAUUUUUAUAAUCCACGAGAUAAUUUGUGCUUAAUGGUAUUUUAUUGCUCAAAUCACCAAAGCAGGUAGGCCUGUGAUGCAUUUUUAGCGGACAAUUUUGUGUUUCUAUAAGUGUUUAUUUUAAUAACCAGACAUUUUUGUGUGAAAAAAAUAAUAACACUUUGAACGAAACAACAAUCUCUGUAAUGGGCCUAUCAGUCGUAUUAUGGGACCUUUGUGCGAGGCUAUGUCAGCUGACUCGCAUUACGUAGGCGGCUGCCCCUACUUUCGCUUGCAAAUUGUGCCUCAUGUCACGUGAUCAUUGUCAUUUAGCUGUUCAUUUGUUUACGAUUCGCUGAUUUGAAAAAAAAUAACCGUUUCCUUAUUUUAUCUAUUAUAACUUGACAAGCUUGUUGUGCUAUGUGAACAUAAAAAAUUAUAAAUUCAUUGUGAAUCUACGUAAGUUUAUAGCUGAGAGAAUAUAUUAAAAUAUUUUUAAAACAAUUGUUAUUCACCAGUAAAAUUUGCUGACGCUUUGAGGCAUUGCAUAGUUCCGUGUUUCAGGGCAGCUGCACAUCUCGAAAACAAUUUGGCAAGUAUAGUGUCUAGUCACAAACUUAUAAGUCUAUAUUUCGUGUUCUAGCCAAACUGUAUAUAUUGUGUUACUUGUAAAAUGCCCAAUGUCAGGGUUGUAAUGUGUUCGUGUUUUUUUUUUUAAAUCUAAUGUGGGUGAACAUCAGAAAUCUUUUUCUGGUGAAUCCUGACUGCAAUUGACAUUGAAUAACACAUUGUUAAUUUCUAUUUGAGCUUUGUAUAGCAACACAUAAUAUUACUUCCAUGAUUUUCAUCUGUAUAAUAUUUUAUUAGUUUGCAUGAGAUACUAAAGAAAAACAUCUAAGAAUAAUUUUCUGUAUUUUGUAUCUCUGUGUUCUAAUAAUCAAAAUUAAUUUAUGAUCUAUGCUUUCUGAUUUGAAUUUUAUGUAGGCCUAAUGUCAAUUGUAGGAGAGUGCCGUUAUUUUUAAUUUUAAACAUCUGGUAAUGAAUAUGACUUAAAAGAUUAUUUAUUCAUAUUCAGAUGUUCAAGGUCUUCAUUUUUUGUUAUUGUUGUGAAGUGUAGGUAUAUUUUUAGACCUACUAUACAUUGUGUUAAUUUGAAUGUGAUCUCGGAUUUUAUCCGGAAUGCCUUUUUUAUGAAUUGUUUAUUUUUGAAAUAAAUUGAUACUUUAAAUUUAUAA